AUGAAUGAUACGGAGGAUCUCGUUGAGAGUACCGAGGGAGCGGGUGUUGCUGUUAUGCCGACGGGUGACAGGGGUGGGAGCAAAGUCGUGCUGGGAAAGGAGGCCAUCGGGAAGACUACGAUUGGCAUGAAGCCGAGCACCAUCCCUCUCGAAGGAAACGAUCCAGAAGAAAUUGGCAAGAACACCACCGCCUCAGCCUCGGGCUUGGGCUCAGGCGAAGAUCGGGCUGGCGCUGUUGCUGCAAAGAAGGGCAAGGGUCCUUAUAAUACGGAUAGUGAGGACGAUGAGACUUACGAUGAUGAUGAUGGAGAGGAUGAUGGGUGCUGGGAGGAGGACGAUGAUGCUUGGCAGGGUGGUAGGGGGUGGGGGAGUGGGAAGUUCCGGUCGGAGCGUUGA